AAGGUGGACUGCUGGAAGAAAAUCAUCGUUAACCUUGCCCUCUUGCAUCAAGACCGAAGAAAAGUGAAAGUUUAGCCAAAACUUCUCAGCUUCUUCUGAUCUGAGCACUUACAUGUUUUGUGCUGCUUGACAAAAUGAAUUUUUCCAAGUUCAUUUCACGUCCAUGUUUUGAGUCCUCAGGAACACCCUCUUCCACUGAUCAUCAUGGUGAUGAAGUGGAUACAACUGGGGGAAGCAGGACCUUUGCAAAUAUAAUUCGUGACCGUGUGAGGUCGGUUGGUCUCUCAGACUCAAUAAAAUUUGAGGCUAAGAAAAUUAAAGAAGGUGGGAAGAAGAAUAUUUUCAAGCAGAAAUUUGAGGUCAGAGAAGGGGAAAAGCUAUUAAAGGCAUCGCAUUGCUGUUUAUCAACUGAAGCUGGUCCUGUUGCCGGACUUCUCUUUAUUUCCACUGAAAAGGUUGCAUUCUGCAGUCAGAGAUCAGUUACCUUCAAAUCUCCAGAUGAGCUGCUCGAAGAAACAGAUCGAAAGAUUGAGAUACCAAUAAGGAACAUGAGAUGGGUCGACCCGAACGAGUCACAACAGAAGAAAAUGACCUUAAUCAGAGAAGAUAGUUCUGAAUUCCUGUUUAUGGACUUUUUGCGUUACGACAAAGCUCGUCGGAACUUAGAGGAAGCAAUUCUAUGGCAAAGUUGCAAAGCAAAACGAAGCUGAUCUCGAAAUUAGACAGGUAUUGUGCUGAUUGAGCUGAGGCCAAAAGAAAAGGCUCGGUUGUUAGACAAAAUUCUUAUGCUCUGACUGUGUGUCGUCCACUUUUUUAUGCACUUGCUUGUAUAGUUUAGAGCAAAUAAAGAGAAAGUUAUCUUUCAAUGUAUGGUAAAAAAAAAUGUAAAAAAUGAGCUAUUAUUAAGGGAUUUCGAGCCCUUUUCCCUUUUCUAA